AUGACUUGUGCACUUGUAGUCGGCGCCACUUCCACACUGGGCAAAGCCAUUGUCAGAAGGCUCGCGUUCGCUGGCUUCAAAGUGGCAGCCGCUGGAGAUUGUCCUAAUAGUGUAGGAAAGGUGGCCGAGGAUAAUAAGAAGGUGGGCGGUGACGUGACAGCCUUCUCGCUGAACGUCUCCAAUCCGGAGCAUCGAAAGGAGCUUAUUCAGAAGGUGGCUGAAAAGUUGGGCGGUCUGGACACUCUGGUAAUUGUUCCACCGCAAAAUGAAAUCGUCGGAGAAAUUGUGGAGACGUCAGACACGGAUUUUGACAAGCUGUUCGCCGAUAUGCUGACCACACCAUUCCGUUUAUCACAAGCAGCACUUCCGCAGUUGGCGAAAUCAGAAAACGGCAGUAUCAUCUACAUAACAUCAUGUAUGGGAUACACCCCAUCAAUCGAUAUGGGUCUCUACUCGGUCGCCUCAAACAGUGUUCUCUCGUUAACAAAAGCAGUCGCCCAGUCGGCGGCGAAAAAAGGCGUUCGUGUGAAUAGUGUGGUGUCUGGAAUGGUCGAAGGAGACGGUUCGGGAGCUGUGUGGGACCAGACGAAUGGGGAGGAAGCGAGACAAAUCAAACAACAUUUGGAGGCGAUGAUACCGUUGGGACGGUUGGGACGGCCAGCCGAUGUUGCUAGUUAUGUCGAGUUUUUGGCAUCCACGCGAUCAAGUUGCGCGGCGUCAUCGAACAAGGGAGAGGAGACCUGUAACACUAUUAACCACCAACAUCAUCUUCAUCAUAAAAUAAUCAAAAUUGCCACGUCACCGCAAUCCACGACGACGACUACAAAACACAGGAGCCAAUCAACUGGCACUUCAAUCGACAUCACGACGGGCUCACCAAUCAACAUUCUUGGCCAGAACGGCACCGGAGGAGGCGGCGAAGAGGGUGGAAAAGUAGAGGGAGGAGGAGAGACGAAAAAGUGCAUGAUUUCGGCAUGGAAGGCGAGAGAAAGCGAACGGAAUAAGGUUCGGCUCAGGGAUACCGAUGGAUUUCGGUGUCGUGCGGCGGCGCUGUGUAUCAAGGGAACUGGCAACGAGACACUGGUCCUUCUGGUCUCCGGCGGCAAAGAUGGCGGAAAAUGGGUUAUCCCUGGUGGCGGCAUCGAAAAGGACGAGUGUGCAGAACAGGCGGCGCAUCGGGAGCUGAUGGAAGAGGCUGGCGUUCGAGCGACGAUUGUGAAGAGUAUUGGAAUGUUUCAGGACGACACUCGCAAACACCGUACUCAAGUGUUCCUGAUGGAAGUCUCUGAGGAGCUCGACACGUGGGAGGAGAACGAGUACGGUCGUCAAAGGAUAUGGAUGAAUGUGCUGGAGUCAAAAGAGAAAGUCAAACAGUCACAUCGUCAGAUUCUCGACGCCCUGAUGCCCCGGUAG